UCUUCAGAGAAAUUUUUUUAACAAUACUGGAGACCUCCUCUAGUUCUUUUGAACAGAAAUGGAUGGUUAUUCAGGCAUUGACAAGGAUUUGUGCAGAUGCACAAUGUGUAGUGGAUAUUUAUGUGAACUAUGACUGUGAUUUAAGUGCUGCUAAUAUCUUUGAGCGUCUUGUAAAUGACUUGUCAAAAAUUGCUCAAGGCAGAAGUGGACAGGAGAUUGGAAUGUCAUCUAUUCAGGAGUUAAGCUUGAGGAAGAAAGGCCUUGAGUGUUUAGUUUCUAUUUUGAAAUGUAUGGUGGAAUGGAGCAAAGACCUCUAUGUUAAUCCAAAUCUCGAGGCCAGUCUUGGUCAGGAAAAAGUAUCUGAGCAAGAUGUCAAUUAUGGAAAAGUACUGGAUUCACUCAUAAGGCGAGACAGUGUUAACUCCAUGGACUCAACUGUUUCCUCUGGCAUUGGUAGUACAAGCACUCAGGCUUCCUUGGCUGAUGACCCUGAGCAAUGUGAGGUCAUUAAACAGCAGAAGGAAGUAAUAGAACGUGGUAUUGAGUUGUUUAACAAAAAACCAAAGAGAGGAGUGCAGUAUUUACAAGAGCAAGGCAUGCUUGGGUAUACUACAGAGGAUGUUGCGCUGUUUCUUCAACAAGAAGAAAGACUUGAUACUACUCAGGUGGGAGAUUUUCUUGGUGAAAAUAGCAAAUUCAACAGGGAAAUUAUGUAUUCCUAUGUGGAUCGUCUUGAUUUCUGCGGCAAAGACUUUGUUUCAGCUCUGCGGAUUUUCCUGGAGGGCUUUCGUUUGCCUGGAGAAGCCCAAAAAAUAGAUCGUCUGAUGGAGAAAUUUGCUGCAAGAUAUUUAGACUGCAAUCAAGGACAAACACUUUUUGCCAGUGCAGAUACAGCCUAUGUUUUAGCCUACUCAAUAAUUAUAUUGACCACUGAUCUUCACAGCUCCCAGGUUAAGAAUAAAAUGACUAAGGAGCAAUAUAUCAAGAUGAACCGGGGAAUUAAUGACAGCAAGGACCUACCUGAAGAGUACUUGUCUUCUGUCUAUGAUGAAAUAGCUGGAAAGAAAAUUGCGAUGAAAGAAACCAAAGAGUACUCCAUCACACAAAAAUCUAACAAACACAAUGUAGCAAAUGAGAAACAAAGGCGCCUACUCUGUAACCUGGAGAUGGAACAGAUGGCUAAAACAGCCAAAGCUUUGAUGGAGGCAGUUAGCCAUGCACAGGCCCCGUUCACGAGUGCAACACAUCAGGAGCAUGUCAGACCCAUGUUUAAGCUUGCCUGGACCCCACUUUUGGCUGCUUUCAGUGUUGGCCUGCAAGACUGUGAUGACCAAGAUGUUGUGGCACUAUGCUUGGAAGGAAUCCGUUGCGCCAUAAGAAUAGCCUGUAUUUUCUGCAUGCAGCUUGAAAGAGAUGCAUAUGUCCAAGCCUUGGCUCGUUUCACUCUACUUACAGCCCGCUCAAGUAUUACAGAGAUGAAACAAAAGAAUAUUGACACAAUCAAAACUCUAAUAACUGUGGCACACACUGACGGAAACUAUUUGGGACAUUCUUGGCAUGAGAUUUUAAAGUGUAUCAGUCAACUGGAAUUGGCUCAGCUUAUUGGAACUGGAGUUAAAACCCGCUGUGCAUCUGGUGCCAUAAGAGAAGAAGAAGGCAGUACCCGUGUUUUCCCACCCAGUGCAGAGGAGUUCAUACCUUUGAAUUUGGGAAUAUUAGUUGGUGGCACAGACAGAAGAAUGGCAAGCAUUCUGGAGUCCGUUGGAGAGACAAGCUCACAGAGUGUUGUAGUUGCAGUGGAUCGAAUAUUUACUGGAUCGACAAGAUUAGAUGGCAAUGCAAUAGUGGACUUUGUGCAUUGGCUGUGCGUGGUCUCAAUGGAUGAACUAGAAUCACUUCAUCAUCCUCGCAUGUUCAGCUUGCAGAAGAUUGUAGAAAUCUCAUAUUACAACAUGAACAGAAUCCGGCUACAGUGGUCUAGGAUCUGGCAAGUGAUUAGAGAUCAUUUCAAUAAGGUUGGCUGUAACCCAAAUGAAGAUGUGGCAAUAUUUGCUGUCGACUCCCUGAGGCAGCUAUCUAUGAAAUUUUUGGAGAAAGGAGAACUUGCAAACUUUCGUUUCCAGAAGGAUUUCCUGAGGCCUUUUGAACAUAUCUUGAAAAAGAACAGGUCUCCAACUAUCCGUGACAUGGUAAUUCAUUGCAUAGCUCAAAUGGUGAAUUCACAGGCUGGCAAUAUCCGCUCUGGCUGGAAAAACAUUUUCUCAGUGUUUCAUCACGCAGCUUCAGAUUAUGAUGAGUCAAUAGUGAAAUUGGCUUUUCAAACUACUGGUCAUAUUGUUGUGAGCAUAUUUCAGAAACAUUUUUCAGCUGCCAUAGAUUCCUUUCAGGAUGCAGUAAAAUGUCUGUCAGAGUUUGCUUGCAAUGCUGGUUUUCCCGAUACAAGUAUGGAAGCAAUACGACUCAUCAAACACUGUGCUAAAUAUGUGUCAGAAGGACCACAGUCUUUGAAGGAGUAUACUAGCGAUGAUAUGAAUGUGGCCCCAGAAGAUCGAGUAUGGGUUCGUGGAUGGUUUCCUAUCCUCUUUGAACUGUCUUGCAUCAUUAAUCGUUGCAAACUGGAUGUUCGAACUAGAGGUCUUACAGUUAUGUUUGAGAUAAUGAAGAGUUAUGGCCUCACCUUUAAGAAACAUUGGUGGCAAGAUCUUUUUCGGAUUGUCUUCAGAAUUUUUGACAAUAUGAAACUCCAAGAGCUCCAAACUGAGAGGACAGAGUGGAUGAUGACAACAUGUAAUCAUGCACUCUAUGCAAUCUGUGAUGUUUUCACUCAGUUCUAUGAGCCUUUAAAUGAGUUCUUACUGGCAGAUAUUUUUGCACAAAUUCAGUGGUGUGUAAAGCAGGAUAAUGAGCAACUUGCAAGAUCAGGCAUAAAUUGUCUUGAAAGUCUCGUAAUUCACAAUGGUAAGAAGUUUUGCCCCCUGGUAUGGGAUCAAACCUGCAGCUGUAUGCUGGAGAUCUUCAAAACCACAAUCCCUUAUGCACUGCUAACAUGGAGACUAACUUGUCAGGAUGAUGAUGUUCUUGAAAAAUACUUUGAUGUGGAAACAGAUUGUCAGUCAAUUUGCAGUACUGAGAGAAAUCCAUCAGAAAGAGGGUUGAGCCAGCUGUCUAACCACAGUGAUGAAACCUGGAAAGGAAAAUCCUUUGCAAAUUACAAGCUGUUUGGGAGCCUUCUAAUUAAAUGUGUAGUGCAAUUGGAACUGAUUCAGACAAUAGACAACAUUGUCUUCUACAAUGCAACCAGCAAACAAGAGGAAGAUGAACAUAAGGCUGCAGCUCAGGAUAUUUUCGAGGCUGAUGUUCACUUUGAUACAGAAAAUCAAGAGAUGUACAAGUACAUGUUCUCUAAACACCUUUUCAAGUUGCUCGACUGCCUCCUUGAGUCACAUUCCUUCGCAAAAGCAUUCAACUCUAAUAAUGAACAGAGAACAGCACUGUGGAAAGCAGGAUUUAAAGGAAAAUCUAAACCCAAUUUAUUGAAACAAGAAACCAGCAGUCUAGCUUGCUGCCUACGAGUUCUCUUUUGUAUGUACUUAGAUGAAAAUUUAAAGGAUUCCUGGAAUGACAUACAGUUCAGACUGAUCAAUGUGUGCAGGGAAGCUGUUUCCUACUUUAUUUCUCUGACUUCAGAAAGCCAUAGAGAAGCUUGGACUAACAUUCUGAUGCUACUCCUUACAAAAUCCUUAAAACUGAAUGAUUCAAAAUUCAAAAUCCAUGCUUCCAACUACUAUCCCUACCUGUGUGAAAUCAUGCAGUUUGACCUAACCCCAGAACUCUGUGCUGCAUUGAGAAAGUUUUUCCUGCGUGUUGGCCUUGUAUUUCAGAUAUAUGCUGUUGAGAACCAAAGAAAAAUUGUUGAACCUUAAAACAUAAUGUGUAUAAGAAUCUGCUCAUUUGGAGGAAACUAAUAUAUAUAUAAUCAACAGAAAGCAGCACUCACAGGAAUGAGGUGGUUUAGUGCAUGCUUAAAAUUGUAUAUAAUAUCUUAUUUUUCUUUGACUUUAAAUGUGUUUAAAGAUUCUAAAUGGUUUGUCAUAAUUUAAAAGGUUUUAGCCUUUGAAAGCAAUUAUAACAAUGUAGUAGAAAUAAAAAUAAGAUAUUCAUUUUUUUGUUUAAUCUCUUAUUGUAAGUCAAUUAUAUAUUUAUUGCUGUUUCCCUUUACAUACUGAGAUAUGCAUUUAAUUUACAUUCUUGUUUGUCAAUAUUGCAUAUGAUCCCACUGCCUACAAAUUGGCUUCAGGAAAUGGGUGGAUGAAUGGAUAUGCAUACAUGUAUAAAUAAAUGGUGCAUUUCAUGUAGUGCAAAUUUAUGCUGCAUAUUUGUGGUUGGAAAUUAGAUAAAUAUUACGUAAUCAUAGUGUAUUGAACAUGGUAACAUCUCUAAUUGUUUCAUUGUUUAGUAGAUUUAGAGUUUUAUUUAGUCAGAGAAAGACUUUAGGCAAUAAAGUGGAAUUUGAAACCA